CACCGGGUCAGGAGUGCGACUGGGCGUGAGUGUCACAUGCCACCGCUCAGCCUGCAGCUCCACCCCUCCCCUUCCUCCCUCCCCGGAGGAGACGCGCACACCCCGGGCUACCGAACUUCUCUGGACCCCGCAGGAGACGGACGGACAGACCGCAAUGGCGACCGCUGACAGCGAGGCGACCUUUGAGUCGUGGCUGAGGGGGGGAUUCCCAGACCGGGCCACAGACCCAAACAAUCAGGAGGACAGAUGGGACUGCAUCCAGGGCUUCUGCCAGCUGGUCGACCAAGAGACGGACGGGCCGCAGGUUGCCAUUCGUCUCCUCGGCUAUAAAAUCCAGUCUCCGCAGGAGAAAGAGGCGCUGCAGGCUCUCACUGUUCUCGAGGCGUGUAUGAACAACUGCGGGAAGAGGUUCCACGCCGAGGCCGGCAAGUUUCGCUUUCUCAACAAGCUCGUCAAGCUCCUGACGCCGAAGUACUUUGGCGCGUGGACUCCUCAGAGCGUGAAAGACCGAGUGACGGAGGUCCUCUACGGCUGGACCCUGUGGCUCAAAGACGAACCCAAGAUCCAGGAAGCUUACGGCAUGCUCAAGAAACAAGGUAUCGUGGAGAAGGAUCCCAAACUGCCAGACACGGUGAUAACGGCGCCCGCGACGCAAAGAACCACAGACUCUGUUUUCGACCAGGAGGACAAGGCCGCGCUGUUAGCCAGAUUACUGAAAAGCACCUGUCCCGAAGACCUGAAAACCGCCAACAGACUCAUUAAAAGCACCAUCAGAGAGGAGCAGGAGAAGGCAGAGAAAGUGUCAAAGCGUGAAUCGACUCUGAAGGAGGUGGAGAGCAGCACCCAGCAGCUGAGGGAGCUGCUGGACCGGCACACGAUCGCCGGGACCUCGUUACAGCCGAGCGACGACGUGAAGGCCUUGUUCGAGCGCUGUGACAGACUGAGGCCCGGCUUGUUCCGCCUGGCCAGCGUCACGACGGACGACGACGUCGCCCUGGCGCAGAUCCUGGCGGCCAACGACGAGCUAACGCUCACCGUUAACGUCUACAGAGACCGAGUGGGGAAGAGGGAACGUAACGGGGGAAGAAGCGAGGGAGGAAAUGAGGGUCGAAGUGACGCUCCGAGGAGUCCCAGAGAGAACAAAAGCUACCACCUCAUCGACCUGUCGGCCCUGGACUCUCCGCACGAGCACAGCAAAGCCGAUGCACCGCCGUCCUUCGAAUCCUCCUCAGCCAUGUUGUCCUCUCUCCUGGAAAGUACCUUCCACCCAGCGGCUGAACGGGAUUUAAAUGAAUUAGCGUUAGGUAAUCUGGACUCAAAACGGACUCGAGAGACCACGACGUCGUAUUACGAAGAACUGCUGCAGCUUAAUGGAGAAGAUCAGCUGGAGAACGGUGGGAGAGGUGUUGUGCUGAGAGCUCGUGGAUGUGGGGGGAGCGACGCGUCGUCUAAUGGGACCAGCAUUUGGUCACUCCCUCACCAGCAACAGUUUACUGCAGCGUCGGCGUCACCGUCCAGGUCGCAGAAACAACUCGGCGAAAUGUCUGGAUGUCCAGUGAAGAUCGAGGAGAGCUUGCUGACCCCAGAACUCCUGAAAAACAUCUUUGUGCCAAUGGAAACCAUCAAAUCCAGAAAUCUUGAGCCGAUCACUGUGUCCGAUCAUGGCGGCGUCCACGUCUCUCUGCAUUUUGCCAAAGACUCUCCGCCGGGUCACCCGGGCGUCGCUGUGGUCGUCGUCUCCGCGGUGAACACAUCCGCCCUCGACGUGCAAGACUUCCUGUUCCAAGCUGCUGUUCCAAAGACCAUGCUGGUGAAGCUCCAGCCCCCCUCGGGGACGACCCUCCACUCCUACAACCCUCUCCUGCCUCCGCCGGCCAUCUCCCAGGUCCUCCUGCUGGCCAAUCCUCAGAGUCGGAAGGUGGGUCUGCGCUACAAGCUGACACUGACGCACGGAGACCAGCGGCUCAACAAGAACGGAGAGAUUGACAACUUUCCCGACUGGACCUCUUUGAUCGGCCGCUGAAAGAACUUUAUGGACAAAAAUAAAUAAAUAAUAAUAAGUUUGGAGAGGAAGGUGAAGAAAAAAAACUCGCCAAAAAGGUGGGAAACGUGUGACCAGUCGAUAUAUCAAAGCUGUAUUUUAGGGAAAUGUAAGAUGUCGUGUUUCCUGAUUCGUUAAUGAUUAAAAAAAAAUUACUCUUUAGAUCAUAGUUACAGUUCGGGCGUCGUUGGUCUUCUGCGGCCUGUUGUUGAGGCGCAGUUUGAUAGUGUGUGUGUGUGUGUGUGUGUGUGUGUGUGUGUGUGUGCUGACGCGUGGCUGGUUACAUGUCUGCACAUAAAAAAAAAAAAAAGAGGUAUUUAUUUACCCUUGCGCAUUUGUGACGUAAAAAAAUAAUUCCAGUGCCUUUUUUUUUUUUUUUUAAGAUGGAAGUUGUGAUGUUUUUGAUGUAUAUUUAUGUUUAUGUUAACGAGGUCGUCUUAAGGAGUCGACAUUGUAAUUGCAGGUGAUUUUGCUGGAUUUGAUGAAGAAAAACGUCAUGAUUUCAAGAUCACAUUGUGUACAAUUUAAAAAAAAAAAAACAACGAGAGCAAAUGAGGGAAACAUCGUCACCACGACGACUGAACUUUGGCAGCAUUUAGAAAAACUAUAUGAAUCGAGAAAGGCAUAAAGAAAUGUGCUAGGACAGUAAAAAAACAACUUAAUUAUAUAUAUAUAUUAUAUAUAAUAUUUCUGUUGAGCAGUGUUGGAUCAUUCUGGUUGCCAAAUAACUCCCUGUGAGAGUUUACAUGGUUUCAUGUAUCGGGAUUUCAUUAUUUUCAAGUAUUUUUUUGCAGCUUGAUUUUUUUUUUUUUUUUUCAUGUGACCAAAGUUGUGAAGAUCUUUUCUUAAUUUGUGUUAGUUUUGUUUUCUUAAGUUUGUUUUUGGGGGACAUGCUGAAGCAGAGUCACUGUUAAUUUCAUUGGAUCAGUGUUUCCUCACCAGCUAUUUUUUUUUAUUAAACUUUAAUUUGUUCAGUUUCCCAUCAAGAAAAUCUGA